AUUGGAAUCAGUUCAGAAAGUUACUCCAGUUUACAGCAGGAAAUCUACUGGGCUGAACCGGACAGACCAAUCACAAAUGUUUCUAUGAGUACAAGUGCGGCUCACUCCACUUUCACCAUUCAGAACCUGAAAGACAGCUACCAAGGGGAGGAGCUUUUUGUUACUAUCCAUGCCAAGGACUUUAACAAUGAAUCUAAACGUUAUGGAGGAGAUUUCUUUCAAGCAAAGCUUUUCUCAUCUGAAAAUCCCCCAAAGGCCAGUGUGUUUGGGGAGGUGGUGGAUUUGCUCAAUGGCUCUUACUCGGUGCGUUUUCUUCUGCCGUGGGUUGGACAGGCACAGGUGGCUGUGCGUCUGAUCCACUCCAGUGAAGGGGUGCAGGUCCUCAAGCAUCACAGAGACACUGAUUCUGACCGAGUUUACUUUAACGGAUAUUUUGAAGGACCAGGACCAAAUGGGAACAGGUUGAGAGAAACAGUGAAGUGUAAUGUGAAGUGGGACAAGAAUGGACUGGAGAGGAUGGGGACUGGAGAUUGCUGCUGUGAUUACAAAGAUUCUGGCAGUGGAGAAGAAUGGCGCUGUCAGAGACCCAAAUCCCUGCCAUGCAGCGCUCGCGUCUAUCACUCUAUGGGCGGGUAUAACAAACGUGUGACUGCCAAAGAAGCAAUGUUUAUAAGUGAAACCAACAAAUACAUCAAUGGCCAAAGAACACCGAUCAAGAUUCUUUCUUCCAAUGAAACAGUGGGAAUUGAUGUAACACAGAAAUGUCAUCCUGGUUUGCACAUACCAGUUCCAGCUGGGUUUUACCUGAAUGAUGUUUGGAAGUCCUCUGUGUGUAGCACUCGUCAAUUUACUACCGAAACAACAACACAAUGCCUGAAAGACAAACACAUCUACAUGAUGGGAGACUCUACUUUGAGACAGUGGUUUGACUUCUUGCUGAAAGCAGUACCAAUUUUACUUUUGUCUGCAGAUGUAACACAGAAAUGUCAUCCUGGUUUGCACAUACCAGUUCCAGCUGGGUUUUACCUGAAUGAUGUUUGGAAGUCCUCUGUGUGUAGCACUCGUCAAUUUACUACCGAAACAACAACACAAUGCCUGAAAGACAAACACAUCUACAUGAUGGGAGACUCUACUUUGAGACAGUGGUUUGACUUCUUGCUGAAAGCAGUACCAACUUUCAAGCGGAUGAACCUGCAUGUUCAAUAUGAGGCAGGUCCUCUUCUAGCAGUGGAUGUGGAGAACAACAUUGACUUACACUGGAGGGCUCACGGUCUUCCUUUACGUUGUCUGAAAACAGAAGUUUCUAAUCUGCACUACGUCAGUAAUGAGAUUGAUGAUCUGACUGGAGGACCUCACACUGUUAUUGUAUUUAAUCUGGGGCCACACUUCACAACAUACCCUCUCGAUUUCUACACCCGCAGAGUGAUGAGGGUCCGCAAAGCUGUGCUUGAUAUGUUACAACGGGCACCAGACACUACCAUUAUAAUCAAGACUGUCAACACCGGCUAUAAGGAUGUGUUUGGCAGUGACUGGUAUUCUCUGCAGUUCAACAGAAUCCUACAGUGGGCUUUUCAGGAUGUUGGUGUUUAUAUUUUGGAUGUUUGGCAAAUGACAGCAUGUCACUACAACGUAGAGAACAUUCAUCCAGGUCCUGUCAUCAUCAAAAAUGAGAUGGACAUUUUCCUUUCUUUCAUUUGCCCUGAAUGAUCUUGUCAGGAGUAAUGAGGAGGCAGAUGGCAGAUAAAUUACAAACUGUCUAACUUAUGGCAUUCUAGUGUGGACACCAGAAAUAAAUUUUAAUUUCCAUUCAAAAGAUAUAGAUACAUCCAAAACCAUUUUUACAGUGUAGCUUCUCAAAGCAGGGUUAGGUACCUCUAAGUUAAUGCUUCUUUUUGUGUGAUAUGAAUUAUUGCCAUCACAAAAUCAUUGAGGAGGGAGUGCCAAUUCAUGCAGAUCAAAACUUUUUUGUUUUACUGUACUUUUCUUCACUGUAGAAUAAAAUCGCAUGCAGUGAGUUACCAGUAUAAGCAAAUUGAAUGCAUGUAAUUCAAGGUGUCAAUUAUGGUACAAACGCCCAUUUGCAUCA